UAAUUUUGGUAGACCAGUCAUUCGUUUGCUCAAAGAUGAAAUAAAAGUAGGUAAUUUUGACAGUUAUAUGAUAACAAUAAAAGUAUCUAUGCAUUUUGUAUUUUAUUAUCGUUUUGUUAACCACAGUUGUGAAAUAGAAUGUUUUCAUAAAGUUAACCUGUUUUGGUUUAUCAACACAUGACAACCAUGGCUCUACGAAUAAUAUCAAAGCUUGGCAAAUUCCCAAAAGCUUUCCAGCCCAGUAGAUCCGUUUCUUCAACUAGUGUAUUGGCAUCUUACAAGUAUGUGAAUCAGAAAUAUGACGAACCCACACUCAGAAAUAUUGUGGACACAAACGCGAAUGCUAUUUUCGCAACUGAGUUACUACGUGGCUUUGGCAUGGUGCUUGCUAAAUCAAUGAGUGAGCCAGCUACCAUUAACUACCCCUUUGAAAAAGGCCCCCUAAGCCCCAGGUUUCGUGGAGAACAUGCUUUACGAAGGUACCCAUCUGGUGAAGAGAGGUGUAUUGCUUGUAAACUUUGCGAAGCGAUUUGUCCAGCUCAAGCUAUUACAAUCGAGGCCGAAGAGAGAGCUGACGGCAGCAGAAGAACAACCAGAUAUGACAUUGACAUGACAAAAUGCAUUUACUGUGGCUUCUGCCAAGAAGCUUGCCCUGUUGAUGCAAUCGUGGAAGGUCCUAACUUUGAGUAUUCAACUGAUACUCAUGAGGAGUUGCUUUACAACAAGGAGAAACUUCUGGAUAAUGGAGACAAAUGGGAAACAGAAAUUGCCGCCAACAUUGAGGCCGAUUACUUGUAUCGAUAAAGUUCAAAAUAUUUAUUUCUGUCAAAAAUAUUGUUGGUGUCUUGCAUUGUAAUAUUUCAAGAUAUCUCUUUCACAUAAAUUGAUCAAUAAAGUUUUUCUCUUUUGACUUUAUUUGAAAUAAAAAAGU